CCAGCUAAAGAGGCUGAAAUGGAAAAAAUCCUGAAAUCAAUGGAGGGUAUGCCAGGAGCACCGGGCAUGAAAAUGUAUUCAAGGGAAGAACUUAUGAAUACGAAAAAUUUUGGCAACGAGGAUGCUGAUGAUGAUGAAGAUGACGAGGAAGAGCCAAACUUCCCCUCCAACUUGAAAAAAGUAUUGCGAGAAAAGGAGAGUAAAAAGGGUGACUUGAAGCAGAUGAUCACAAAAGGAAUCAUGGAUACAUGGGAUGCACUGAAGAGACAUGCAAGCAAGGUACCCAACCGGGUAAGAAGAUGGUGGAGAGGAAUGAAGGCAUCAUCUUCAAAGAAUUCAAAAGGCAAGAAGGCAGAGCUUUAAGAUACCGUAGAUGGCAAAACUGUGGGAAGAAUUGCACCCGGCACAAUUAUUUACUACAUGGAAAGCAACUCUAGUAGCAGGAGUUUGCGGAGAAAAGUUUUGGUUAAUUUUUUCCUCACUCUUUUUUCCUUAAGUUUUGGUUAAUUUUGUAGUUGAUUCUUUUAAUGUAAUUGAGUAUCUGGUGGGAGUGCAAUACCACUAAAUGGAAGCUCUGUUGAACCUAUCGCAUAGGAUCAUCAGAAAUGUGAAAGCUCUAUAAUGCCACUACAUGUUUUUGAGUUUUGCAGAAGAUUUUCAUCUGGUCAUGGUGAUUCCAGGUCAUUUUCUUUUGUUGGAGAAGAGAAUCAAGAACUCGUGGUUAAAGUGAAAACCAAAAGAUUACCGCA